AAUAUUUUCAUUUUCCCUUAAACCCCUCAAAAACAACAAAAAUAUUUCUUUCAUAAAAUUUCGUAGGUUUUUUCUAUUAUGUUUUCUUGUCUUUCUAAUCUUUAAUCAUUUCGAUUGCAAAAAUAAUGACCAUGAAAUCUCUCCAAGCUUCAACUGCUUACAGUUUCCCAAUUUCUUCUCCUUCAAUCUCUCCCAGACGCUUCUCCCGUGUUAUUCGUGCUCAAGUGGAUCCUUCCGAGAAAUCUGUUGAAGUGAUGAGGAAAUUCUCUGAGCAGUUCUGUCGUAAGUCGGAGACAUACUUCUGUGCUGAUAAAAGUGUCACUGCUGUUGUUAUCAAGGGAUUAGCAGAACAUAAGGACACAUUAGGUGCCCCCCUUUGCCCUUGUCGGCAUUAUGAUGACAAGGCAGCUGAAGCGAAGCAGGGAUUUUGGAAUUGCCCAUGUGUGCCGAUGAGGGAGAGGAAAGAGUGCCACUGCAUGCUUUUCUUGACACCUGACAAUGAUUUUGCUGGCAAGGAUCAGACUAUCAGUUUGGAUGAAAUACGGGAAACAACAGCAAAUAUGUGAUCUUUUACGACUUGAGUCCUCUUCUGCGUAGCCACUGUAGGCCUGUACAUUACGUAUUAUCACGAGGAUGCCAAUAACUGUUGUACUAUUAUGCUGUAUAUACACUUAUGUUGGAGAGCUUUGUCAUCUCUAACUCUAGAGCUUCAUCAAGGUAUAUAGCCAUACUUGAUUUAUAUGAGUACUGAUGUAUUUGAUUUUCUCAGUCAUGUAUCUGCGUCGCUGUGAUUACCGGCACUCAGUGGUUUUUACCUUUUGAUGUGAUCAGGUUGUUUUUUUUACUACUACAGUUAAGAUCAUUAUCUUCUUUUUUCA